CACCCAACUAUGUCCCUUAGGGGACUUGGGAACCACCCUCCCUAUGAAGCUCCGGCGGCAAAGCUGGUGAUUUCAGUUCAAUUUACAUAAGUAACGCUACUCCUCUUCGCAAUCAUUGAUCACACUCGCCCAAUUAUCAUUGCAACAAGCCUUGGCAGACUUAUCGAAGGCACUCCCUCAUUGCCUACCGGACUUCAGAAACUCGAAAUACAAAAGUAUCUCUUCCACGGUGGCAACCCUGACAAGUGGCACGUUUCUUCUCCAGAGGGAGAGACUACUGCUAACUGCAAAACCAUGACAUCGAACUCUGGUCGUGGUGGACACUGCGAACGGUGUGGCUGCGCCAGUAAUAACCACACCUUCGGAAAUUGCCGAGGAGGAGCUGGGAAGGGAUCAAAAUACGUGGCUUGCACGUUCGAAUGGUCUCGCUGCACAACCGGAGGCCAUGGCGACGUCACUGAAGUGCAGUACGUCGACUGCAAACGCUGCCCAAACCAUCCUGGAGCGCCACCGUCCAAUGGCGAAUUUUGGGGAAGUCAACCCGAUGAUGAAUACCAGGUUUAAUACAGCGGAUCAGCUAGGCAUUCAAUGGCCGGAACCCGAGCAGAAACCUCGUGGGAGCAAGGGUAAGGGAAAGAGCAAGGAUAAGGGAGAGGCUAGCAAGAGGGAGACGAGGGAGGAGGGUGGAGCGGAAGCAGACACUUACUGGACCUGGAGUGAUGAGUACAACAAGUAUUACCAUAUGCAUGAGGAUGGGUCUUGCGAAUGGUAUAACGAGGAAGCAAGUUCAAAUGCAGCUACAGUUUGAGGAACUCCCAAGGAGAUAGGAGGAAUAUUUGUUGAUGCUGCCUCAAUAGCUUUGGGAUAACAGUGGAAUAGAUUG